CUCAGUCCGGCACUUUUGGGCAACUGAAGUUGUAGCACCCGUGUAACGGAUCCCAUAAAUCCGCGGGAGCCUCUCCGGGUCCACCACAGUAGCGGCGACCUGAAAAGUCAGUCUGACCUCGGGCAGCAGCAGAAAUGAACAUCGCAGCUGCAUAUCCCCCUCUCAAUGUCCCCGCGGCCCCUAUGUUCAACAGCGUGCCCGGCUAUGAGGGUAUUGUGGCAGGAGGAGGUGGUUAUCUUCCCCCGCCCAUGCCUGUGGAACCUCUAGUGCCUCCACAACCCGGCCCUGUACCCGACAACUGGAGCAUCCCGUCUCUGUCGGAGGAGGCUGCCCGUGAGGCGUUCAAGAACUAUGCGUCGUCUCAAUGCUGCUACAGUGAAUCUCCGGCCGAGGAGGGCAUCAUCACCAACAUGGAGUCGUACAACACCUACAGGUAUCGGCUGGAGACAUUCGCUGAGUCCAGGUCAACUGAGUGGGCCAAAAAACCCUAUGAAGGUGAGCCAGCUGACUUUUACACCCAGCCCGCCCCCCGGCCUUGGGAAGUCCAGGCCACGCCCCCCAAGCUCUUCACCGAUUACAAGCAGGAGAUUCGGGUGCCCUUCACCUCCUCCAUCCAGGACUGCGAAACCUGCCAAGGCAAAGGGCAGAUGCCAUGCAGUGACUGCCAUGGAAAUGGAUACAAAACUUGCCGGGUGUGUCAUGGCUCUGGAAUGAGCGACGAUCAGAGCUGCACUUGCUGUGACGGCACCGGCAAAGACAAGUGUAGCGAUUGUAAUGCUCGGGGAACGGAGAAGUGCAAAACCUGUGAAGGAAAACGACAACUGCUGAAAUUCAUCCUGCUUAAAGUGGAGUGGACUAACCAUGCGGAGGAUCACGUGGUGGAGCAGAAUUCUGGUCUGAAUGUCACUGAUCUUCACUCAGUGAGCGGGAAGGAGCUGUUCAAGAACAACCAUUACUCCCUCUACCCACUGCUCGGGUUCCCAAAUCAGGCCAUCGCUGAGGCCUCCGACCGUCUGAUCAAAGAGCACCAAAGCAAGUACUCCCAGAACUCCAGGAUCCUGCAGCAGAGGCAGAUGGUCGAGUUGAUCCCCAUCACUAAGGUGAACUACAAGUGGAAAGGUGAAUCUUACCUCUACUACGUCUACGGCAACGAGCACCAAGUCAGCGCCGAAGACUACCCGGAAACCUGCUGCUGUGUCAUCCAGUAGACACACACACACACACACACACACACACACACACACACACACACACACACACAGCCAACCUCGACCGUCUCAAACUGUUAAUUCUCAUAUCGUCUCUCUUUUUCAUAUUAGCCUUUCACAUUCAUACGGACCAAUAUGAAGAAUCACUGUGACUAAUCAACAUGAUGUUUCCGUUCAUUCAGCGUCGCUGAUUGGAGCUCAGGUCUAAUAUGUUGAUCCCCAGAUUUUUCUGUCGGGUCCCACUUUUGCAGAUGCAGAUACAUACAUGCAUUUUAACACACGCGGAUUGUUUACUGUGACCCCCUCCAAUGAAUGAAUUAAGAAUAUUGUAAUAAUGCAAAGCUGAAAUGAAAGUAUGUAACCUUUUCCUUAGAAAAGGGAGAGCGACAAGCGACUGUCUCACUGCCAGCAUCGGAAGUAAAACCCAUAGCAGCCUUUUUCUGGCGUUUGUCCACGUUUCGAUUGGAAUUAUUUGUCUUAAUCAGUAGUUCACAUUCACAAUUAACAUAAAAAAAAUGUUACUGUUACUUCCCGCAGUGUUUUAUAAAGAUGCCUCGCCUGAAAUGUAGACCGCCCACACUAACAUCAGUGCUCCUCACUAACAAAAUGAUCCUGUGUCUCUAUGAUCCUUUUUUUUCCUGAACUUUUCUGCUCAGCUCUGACUCUCAGCUUCUGCGUCCUGUUGGGACAUGAGUACAUUUUGUCUCGAUAAAAUAUUUAGUCUUUGUCAGCAAGAACUGACCUGUUGAUAUCCAAGAUUAAGAUGAUACAUAUAAUGCAAUGGAAAAAAUUAUGUUGUGGUUAAAAGGGCCUCCUCAGAAACCAUUAUUGCCUCAUUAGCCGCUCAUUGUUGACCAUCAUGUGUCUGUUACCAUAAUAACUUACUAAAAGCAUUUUUCUGUACCAGUUUACAUAAUACACAUGUUAGUACGUGUCAUUUAAUGUCUUCCGUACUAGAUGAAAACCUAGUUUAUGUCUAAAACUUUGCAUUUUCAACAUCAAGUAGGGCUUUUAAGGAGAAGAUCUAAUAGAUGAAAUGUGAGAAAUGACAAGUAAAAAGUAAAAACAUGAGAAGCAGCAAAGAAAUGAAACAUAUUAGGUUUUAAUCUGACAGAGAUUAACAUUCUUUUUGUAAUUAUGUGAUGGAGAAGUCGAAAUCAUCAGAGACACAUGUUAAAAAAUAACAACAGAAUCUGGUUCACCUGGUUUCUACUUGUGUCUUUCUUCUGUGUUUUAAUGUUUCACGAGGGUGGAAACCACUUGAAUGUUUAAACUGUGGAGAUCAAAGGUUUCAUCACAAACACAUCGGGAUUUUCUGACUCCCGAAAAAACCCCAGAUAUCUUUUGUGUUUUUCUAAAGGCCCGAUCAGGCCAGAAAGUGUCGAAGCAGAAUUAAUUUGCACGUCCGUGUAAAUAUUUGAUCCUCGGGGUGCGGUGACGUAAGGACUGCCCACAGGGCUAGCGCAGUUUGUGCCCCUCAUGUAUUAGCGUACAAUCAGGUCGCUGAGGUAACCAUUCGUUUCUCUGAGAGAUAAUUAACCGGGGACGUUUGGAAAAACACACAGAUUUACUUUGCCCCUGCCGGUGGUCUCAGCGAUUCCAUUGAAAUUGAUUCAUUUUCCCCAAAACUUUGCUGUUUUUAAAAGUGGCCGUGACUGGGCCUUUGGUCUCUUUAUUCAUGUUUACAUGUUUACAGUUAAAUAAAUGUCUUUCACCUGCACAGGCUCGUUGGAAUUAUUACCAUUAUAUCUUUAAUUUUCAGUAUUGAAAUAUAUCUAUAUGCUAAAUGUACCUGAUGUUUAUCACAUUCAGCUGUUUAAUGUUGACAAAUAAAAAUACCCAAAGUGUUGAAA